GAUCCCGGAAGUGAAAUGUUAUUUGUCGACACUCAAACGUGGUAAAAGUGCACUAGAUAGCACACAGAAACCCUCCGCACUACACAGGGGGUAGUACACACUGAGCGGUCACUUGAAGUCAUGAGCUCCGGGUUACUGAGGCUGGGACUGCUGCUCCGUCCUGUCCGGCUACUGUCCAGUCACACAGAAUGGAGAAGACAUUAUUCUGUACAUAGCGGAGCUCUCGAGCGGGCUGUAGCAGCGUUCCGCUCGGUCAGCGGUGAUGACGGUGUGUCUAUGGGUUUAGCGGUGCGAGAACAGCAUGGGAGAGACGAAUCGGUGCACAGAUGUUGCCCCCCAGAUGUUGUUGUGUUCCCUCGGUGUGUGGAGGAGGUCAGUGCUCUAGCCAAAAUCUGCCACCAUCACCGAUUACCCAUCAUCCCCUUCGGCACGGGAACGGGUUUGGAAGGAGGAGUCGGUGCGGUGAAGGGUGGUGUGUGUUUCAGUCUCAGGAAGAUGGACCAGGUGCUGGAUUUGCACUCGGAGGACUUUGACGUUUCGGUGGAGCCUGGCGUCACACGCAAAGCUCUCAACUCUUACCUGCGUGACACGGGCCUCUGGUUCCCUGUGGACCCGGGUGCCGAUGCGUCUCUUUGUGGAAUGGCGGCCACCAGUGCGUCAGGCACUAACGCCGUGCGCUACGGCACCAUGCGUGAUAACGUCCUCAAUCUGGAGGUGGUGCUGGCAGACGGGACGAUCAUACACACGGCAGGCAAGGGGCGGCGGCCAAGAAAGACAGCAGCAGGUUAUAACUUAACGAACCUGUUUGUGGGCUCUGAGGGGACGCUGGGGAUCCUGACCAAAGCCACACUCCGGCUAUUUGGCAUUCCGGAGAGCACGGUGUCGGCCGUCUGCUCCUUCCCGUCGGUUCAGGCGGCCGUGGACAGCACGGUGCAGGUCCUGCAGGCCGGAGUGCCCAUCGCUCGCAUCGAGUUCCUGGACGAUGUGAUGAUCUCUGCCUGUAACCACUUCAGCUCUCUGUCCUACCCGGUCCUGCCAACGCUCUUCCUCGAGUUCCACGGCAGCUCCAGGAGUCUGGAGGAGCAGGUGUCCAUCACAGAGGAGAUCACACGGGAGAACGGUGGCUCGGACUUCGCCUGGGCUGAGGAUGAAGAGACACGGUCACGGCUAUGGAAAGCUCGACAUGAUGCCUGGUAUGCCGCACUGGCAAUGCGGCCGAGCUGCAAGGCGUACGCCACGGAUGUGUGUGUGCCGAUCUCCCGUCUGCCUCAGGUCAUAGUGGAAACCAAAGAUGACCUCAUCAGACACAAUAUCACAGGUCCAAUCGCAGGUCAUGUUGGAGACGGGAACUUCCACUGCUUAAUUGUGUUAAACCCAGACGACCUUGAUGAGGUGCAGAGGGUUCACAAGUUCACACACAGACUGGCCAGGAGGGCUCUGUCAGUUAACGGGACGUGUACAGGAGAACAUGGUGUGGGUUUGGGGAAAAGGACUCUGCUGCGAGAGGAACUCUGCCCGCUGACCAUGGAGGUGAUGCAGGGCAUCAAAGCCACACUGGAUCCCAAAAACCUCAUGAACCCUGGGAAAGUCCUGUAGGUGACCAUUGAGUUGUGGUCUCCCGAGCACAGAGGACAGAGCGAUCAUGAGUACAUCACUUCAUUUUAAAUGCUAGGUUAUAUGUGCAGAGUUCUCGUUAGGACAUCAGUCCUACUGAAAUGGUUCUCAAGACUUCUUGAUUGUUAUUGUCAGGUGUUCAAACGGUCAUUUUCUCUCUAGCCAGGAGUCUGAGUGUAUGACCUAUAAUCAAAUCAAAUCAAAUGCAAUGCAGUGACAGGGUAUUUCUGAUUUAUAUAAAUGGUGGCGAUUCAUUUCAACAUUUAAACGAUUCACUAAAUUCACUAUAAAUGGUGGUGAUUUGGUUAAGACUGUAAAUGAGUCCCUUUAAAUGCAGAUGAUUCAGUUUACCCUUUAAAAAUUUAGCCAUAAAAGGCAGUGAGUCGAUUCGGCUUUCAAAUGAUUCACUUGAAAUGGCACCGAUUCGGUUUAGCCGUGAAAUGAUUCACUAUGAAUGGCACAGAGUCAGUUUAGACUUUACACGAUUCAGAAGAAACGGUGUCGAUUCAGGCUUGAAAUGAUUUCCUAUGCUCUUCAUUCACCUGUGAAAAUAAAACAUCUAGCUUUCA